CUCGUCAUAAUGUUAAUACAUACCAGCACAUAGUUACAUAUAUCUACGUACCACUACAUAUAAACGUGUGUAAAAUGUAACAUAAUCUUUCUAUACACAUUUCGUACACUAUUAUAUGUCAUAUGGUUUGGAACAAUAAUGUACAUUUGCGUGAGAAGCAUAUUUUAAUAAAAAGUUCCAUGUUUCGAUAUCAAGAAAAAGCGCGCUUUUAUCGGUGAAGUUCGUGACCACUCGGCUAAGAUCGGAUCGAGUCGUUUAUGAUUGGUUGUCGGAUUCGAGUCAGCGAAACGUGAAUCAGUCAGCGUUGACGGAACGAAGGAUCAAGUUCGACUGGAAUCAUUGUGGAAACAGAAGAUUUGUCGGUGCGUGUCGCCGGUGAAUGAAGCGGGCUAAUUAUUACGUGCGAUGGCCGCGUGCUAUAGCGAGCAGGCAGCAUCCACUUCAGGAAACGUAACGAAAAAGUCGCCUGCGGCCGCCGCGAAACCAGUCUGCUGGCAACACAGGCUGUUCGGUAAACAACUGUCGCGGUGCAGUCAGGUUAAUCAGCAAGAAACAAAACCGUGCGAUGCAAGUGGUACUAUCGUUGACGACGAUGGCCAGCCGACUUGUGAGGUGAUCGGUGUGUACUUUAGUUUUAUUAACCCCGGUGCUACCUGCGAUGACUUUACGCGUCAGCUGCUCGACCUUUACGCGAGUGUCAAUUCGUCGCACGCGGAAAAUGACCGAGAUGCUGAGAGUUCUGGCAGAGGAAGGGAAAGGAGGAAAAGGUUCGAGGUCGUGCACGUGGUUCUCUGGAGUAACGUAGCCGAUGUCCUCGACUUUGAAGAGAGUUUUCGUGCACACGUUUCGGAAUUACCCUGGUUAGCGGUACCGAACCUAGAUUACGAAAGAAAGGUGAUGGUGCAAGGACGAGACGGGGAAACGAGCAAGCAGGAGCGAUGGAGAAGCAGCGUGGUAGGGGACAUACAGACCACCGGGGGAAAUAACGAUAGCACCGUCGAGCGAGCGGCAGCAACGCCAAGGGAGGACGUACGCGUUAUCGACCGCCCCAGACGGAGACGGCAAACGAACACCAGACUGACUCGAAGGUAUCGAAUAAAGGCUGGCGUACCGACUUUGAUUUUAUUGGACGGUUCUAACGGUUCGAUAAUAACGAGAGGAGGUGUAGAACGAACGAUCGGUGAUCCUGGUGGAGCUGAAUUCCCUUGGAAGCCACCUCAUCCGAAAGCUGCUCUCGAGGAUGGACCUUUAUUGCCAUGCGGAGCUCGCGAUAGCAACGAACCCAUGUUGCACGAGGAGUUGAGGCACUGUUUUAAGGGUGUUUACUUUAGCGCGCAUUGGUGUCCACCUUGCAAAGCGUUUACCCCACAACUUGUGGAUACCUAUCAACGAAUUCGGGAGAGAGGUCAUGAUUUCGAGGUGAUUUUUGUGAGUUCUGAUAGGAGCGAAGAGUCUUAUAACGUUUAUAUUGAAACAAUGCCUUGGUUGAGGAUACCUUUUACUCAGGAAGAGAGACGAAAAAAAUUAGCAAGAGCUCUCGAUGUACAAGCAAUACCCACUUUAGUGAUACUCGAUCCUCGGGAUAAUAUUAUCACAUUAGACGGACGGGCAGAGUUGAUCGAGGAUCCCGAGGGACUGAAUUUCCCAUGGACCAGUCGUUUGGUAAAUAUUUUAACCGAAAAGUAUGCCACCUCGUUGCACGACGCGCCGGCGAUUAUACUGUUUGUUGAAGGCGAAGAUUGCGAGAUUCAAUUCGCGGAAAGCGUAUUAUUACCAGCCGCACAGGCGUACAGGAAAGACAGACCCGAUUAUGAUCCAAACUAUGAUGAUCCAGAUGACGUUUUGCAGUUUUAUAUAGCAUUAGAUAUACAUCACCGCUUUUAUUUAUCGCAGUGUGAGACGUCGGACAUUCUUCGCGAAUUUGUUGGUUUAGACGAUGCUGUGCCCCUUUUAACAGCGAUUGAUAUACCUCGAGGAGUUUAUGUCGUGAUGGAGGAUGGUGCCGAAAUAACUGUAGAUUCUGUACAACAAUUUGUCGAUGGAUUUCGUAAUGACAAACUACCUAUAAACAAAAUAGCCGCGGUACACAAAACUGCUGCGAAAAAUGACCAGGUUUCUACUUGAAUCUUUAUUCGAGAGUUAGCAACGGAUGAUUUUAUACAAAUUAUUGCAGACCACGUGAAGAAAGGAGCAGUUAGGUUUUCAAGUGGUCAUUAUACAACCACAAAAUAAAGAAACCCCCAUCCUCUCUUCUUGAUCCUGUCUCUGUGAUACCAUUGCUCCUUUCGUAGGAAGGAUCUCGCGCAAAGUUGCGUUUGUAUUCGCACACCCCCUUGUGGAAAUAACCAAAAGACAUGUAUUAUAUAUCAUAGUCAAUGAAAACUGAGCGAAUUGUAUUUUUAAGUGUACACAUGCACACGUUAAUAUAUUCUAAUGUAUUACUUAAUAAACGUCAAAUGAACACGUC